GGAUGGCUAAUAACGUUCACAUGAGUGGGCUGCUGAGUCGCCAUGAUGAUGAAGCGACAAGGACGUCAACCUCGGAAGGUCUGGAGGAGGGUGAGGUGGAAGGGGAGACCCUCCUGAUCGUUGAGUCUGAGGAUCAGGCCUCCGUGGAUUUAUCGCACGAUCAGAGCGGAGACUCUCUGAACAGUGAUGAGGGUGAUGCAUCUUGGAUGGAGGAAAUGUCCUAUUACUGUGAGAAGUGUCAGAAGUGGAUACCAGCCAGUCAACUGAGAGAACAGCUCAGCUACCUCAAAGGAGAUAACUUUUUCAGGUUUACUUGCUCUGAUUGCUCAGAAGAUGGGAAGGAGCAAUUUGAACGGCUGAGGUUAACAUGGCAACAAGUUGUCAUGCUGGCAAUGUACAAUUUGUCUCUGGAAGGAACUGGCCGUCAAGGGUACUUCAGGUGGAAAGAAGAUAUUUGUGCUUUUAUUGAGAAACACUGGACUUUCUUGUUAGGGAACAGGAAAAAGACCUCGACAUGGUGGAGCACGGUUGCUGGCUGUCUCUCUGUAGGAAGCCCCUUGUUUUUCCGCUCCGGAGCACAGGAAUUUGGAGAACCAGGGUGGUGGAAACUUGUUCAUAAUAAACCCCCAACAAUGAAACCUGAAGGAGAGAAGCUGCCUGCAUCUGCACUGAAGGCAAAAGCAGCUUCAAAGCCACCUCUGGAUCCCAUCAUUACUGUGGAAGGACUCAGGAAACGGGUGAGCCGCAAUCCAGUUGAGUCAGCCAUGGAGCUGAAGGAGAAGAGGUCUCGCACUCAGGAAGCCAAAGAUAUUCGGAGAGCCCAGAAGGAGGCAGCUGGCUUCCUGGACCGGAGCACUUCCUCCACACCUGUUAAAUUCAGCAGUCGAGGUCGUCGCCCUGACAUAGUUCUUGAGAAAGGAGAGGUGAUUGACUUUUCUUCCUUGAGCUCCUCAGAUCGCACUCCUCUGACAAGCCCAUCUCCUUCCCCAUCUCUGGACUUCUCUGCUCCUGGAACUCCAGCCUCGCAUUCAGCUACUCCUAGCCUUCUCUCAGAAGCAGAUCUCAUCCCAGAUGUCAUGCCACCACAGGCUCUGUUUCAUGAUGAUGAAGAGAUGGAAGGAGAUGGAGUCAUAGACCCAGGAAUAGAGUAUGUGCCUCCUCCAAGUGGGACUGCCGGGGCUGGGACUGUGAUAACAAGUAGAAAAAAAGUGAAGACAGCCGAGCAGAUUAAGCAAGAGGUGGAGAGCGAAGAAGAAAAAGCAGAAAGGAUGGAAGGUGACAGUGAAGAUCCUGAAGAGUCAAACACAUCCCUGCAGGCAAGGGGGCGAGACAAGAGGAAACCACAGCUGGAUAAGGAUGCUAAACCCAGAGCUCCCAAGCAUACCUCCGUUAGUAUCUAUGAGGAAAAGUUGCUGCUGAAGAGACUGGAAGCCUGUCCCAAUGCCAUGAGCAUGACCCCAGAGGCCCGGAGACUGAGGCGCAAACUGAUAGUCAGGCAGGCCAAGAGGGAAAGAGGACUGCCCCUCUUUGACUUGGACCAAGUUGUGAAUGCUGCACUGCUGUUGGUUGAUGGGAUUUAUGGAGCCAAAGAAGGAGGUGUUCCCAGGCCCCCAGUAGGACAAGCAACAUACAGAACUACCAGUCAGGACUUCAGGAUCUUGGACAGAUACCAGACAAUGCUGCCUGCCAUGAAGGGAUAUCGACAGCAGACAACGAAAUUUCUGUAUCGACUGGUAGGCUCAGAAGACCUGCUGACAGACCACAGUAUUGUCAGUCCUUACACAUCUCGUGUCCUGAAGCCUUACAUCAGGCGCGAUUAUGAGACAAAGCCCCCAAAACUCAAGCUGCUGGCAGAAAUCCGGGCGUAUCCGCAUAGGACCGAUCCCAACUGGAAGGCUGAGCCAGAAGCACCCAUUGAUUACUGCUAUGUUCGCCCUAAUCACAUACCCACUAUAAACUCCAUGUGCCAUGAAUUCUUCUGGCCUGGAAUUGAUUUGUCCGAAUGCCUGCAGUAUCCAGACUUCAGCGUUGUUGUUCUUUACAAAAAAGUUAUUAUUGCUUUUGGCUUUAUGGUGCCAGACGUGAAAUACAAUGAAGCAUACAUCUCUUUUCUGUUAGUUCACCCUGAGUGGAGAAGAGCUGGAAUUGCAACCUUCAUGAUCUACCAUCUUAUCCAGACCUGCAUGGGCAAAGAUGUAACCCUUCACGUCUCUGCAAGCAACCCUGCUAUGCUGCUCUACCAAAAAUUUGGAUUUAAGACUGAAGAAUACAUUUUGGAUUUUUAUGACAAAUACUAUUCCUUAGACAGCAAGGAGUGUAAGCACGCGUUCUUCCUCAGACUGCGUCGCUGAUGUGUCAGGGCUGUCUGCGGCUCUGUGAAAAGCCCAAUCUGUCCAACAGUUACCAUGGCUUUUCGCUGAGGAUGUUGGCUGUCACGUGAGAGCUGAAACACACCAAUGCCUUUAUCCCUAGGACUGCUAAUAUCAACAGUGCUAUGUUGUAUGCUGAACAUGCAAUCUGGGAGGACUGAUUCAUAUCCUCCAAGGGGAGAGGCCUGGAAAUGCCACCUGGGACAUGCUGAAACCACUGGAAGACUGAAAGUAUUUAUGGGGUUUUUCUGCCCCUAUCAUUUUGGAGAGCCCUAUUGACCACCUCCCAUCCAACUUGCCACUUCAGAGGGGCCCCAGAGAUUUCAGAUUUUGAAACAUAUCCAAGAAGAGUGUCACAGUUUUUGUUGUUGUUGUUUUUGAUUUAUGGAAAAUGAAGAACAUCUAGACUUAAAUCAUGAAAAGUGUUUCUGUGAUUUGAUGGCUUUGUUAGGAACCAUGUUUUUAAUCUAUGAAGGGAAAUAUGAUAUUGGUACGUAUAGCUCGAUGCUAACUUUAGGAAAGCUCUGCACAGGCCAGAACAGCAAUACUGGAACCGUGUUUUAGGAAUAAUGAAGAAUGUGUGAAGAGUGUGUGUUAUGUGAUUUCUAAUGAAAGGCUCAUAGGAGAUGUCUUUGUCCUGCUCCUUCCCUGCUGCCUUCCUUCCCUUCCUUGUUGAAUGUGUACUCAAUGUGAAGUUCUCGUAGUUCGCAGUAUUUUGUGUUCAGGAACAAGAUGUCAAGUGAGUUUGUAGCUAGGGGAGGUAGAACACAACAGCUGCCAGAUCAGCUCUUUGAAAUUUUGCAGUCUACCUGCCAGUUCUUGAUGCUGCAAAUCAGCCAGGGAGGCACACCUCUAACCACAGACCCAGCCUUGCGGGGUCCACCUCCUCCCGCCAUAGACACUGGAUAGGAGAAACCCAGAGCAAAAGUCAGCGGUAAGGUUUGAAAUGCAGACUCUGGUUUGUAGAAGCAAGCUGUUCACAACCUCAAGGGAGUCGAGGGCAGAGGUAAGCCACGAACACUUCUAGGAAGCAUCAAGGCUGUGAUUUCAUGACUCCAAGUAUAAGGGAGCAAAAAAUAAAAAGAAAUAACUAAGAAUAAUAAAUAAGUUUCCCUGAUAAUGGAGUCUAGUCCUUCUACGCAGUUUAGCAGCUUUCUCUCUCCCUGAUAUUUUUACUAUGGAAGAACAGUAAAUUGGCAGUUUGCUCUGCAACCUGCUAAAUAGAAGAUCUGUCAGUGCUUUUUGAAUAUGGAUCACAUCCACUCUGCUGUCCCUUAACAAGCAAGUCCUGUGGAGAGCUACACAAGAUGUGACUUCUGUGUUGUUAAUCCACUGUGUAGACAUUUUGGGUACCCAGCUAUAGUAAUAGUUGCCUUAAUGGAGUCUUCAUUUUGAUAACAGCAGAGAGAUGGACACGAAGUAUGUUUUUGUGUAACCAAUGUACGUCUUCACUGAAAUAAAAGCAGUGUUAGUAGGAGUAAAAAAGAACCCAUCUAAGAAUUGUGUGCCCUCAAAUCCAUGCACAUGUCUGCCUGCUUUAUGACUACAUGAAAAUUUUUGAUGUUACUGGUGUUACGAGUUAGCUGUACUUGGGGGAAAAAACCUGUCUUUAUGAAUGAAAUUAAAACCCUUCCUUGGAAAAGUC